AUGGAGCUUGGAUUUGUGUCGACGGUGAAGAGUGGUUCACCAUCAUCAUCCUCGACGAGUCCAAGAAAGAGUGUGGCUGAAGUGGAUUUGCAAGAGAGAAUCACUAAGAAAAUUAAGGAAGGCAUUCAUGUUAACCAUGGGGCUGGAGAGGUAGAAGCAUCAUACAAAGAAAUGGUUACUGGAAGGAGUGUUGAGAUGCAGAAUGAGGUGGAAGGUAGAGAAGAAGACAUGGUGGAUCGAAUACUAGGGGAACUCGAUGGUUUGGUGGUGGAAGAAAUCAUGAUAAGGGGAUAUGAAUGUCCGGACUUCGGGUUAUCUGAGAAAGAAGAAAGGAGAAUCCAUAGGCCAUGA